ACAUGUCUACCAUGACGUUUUACGGGAAUUUCGUUUUCGGAAUAUGGCAGGCUAGAGGCAGUUAGGAAUAAACUAAUAGUUUUAAUAGAACAAAAUGGAGAUUACUGGAUAUAUAAUGCCCAGUAAAGGAUAAGGAAAUCGAUUUUAAAGCUCUUGGGAUCUGUAGGAGAUAUAGAUAAAUGUGAAAUAUGAUGAUAAAUUAAAGACAGGUGUCCUUGUUUAUGUUGACAUUACGUGGUGUUUUAGUGGAUAAAUAAGUGUCUUCAUAAACCGAACAUGGAUAGAUUACCUUCAACAGCCGGGGGUGCUCCGGAUGGGGCAUUCGAACGCUUCCUCACAGCAGCAAUAGCUACAAUCAUUACUAUAAUGUUUUCCUGGAGACUUUUGGCUGAAGAAGAGGAAGCCUCUGGCUCUGGUGCCACUGGGUGGAAUUCUAGUUCACACAAACCCGUGCAAUACUCUGUAGACAAAAAUUCAAAUUUUCAUAAGUCACAAGAUAGAACAAAAUUGACCACACCGCGACUUGCCGAUUUAAGAGAUAUCGAUCUAAGUUUGGAUGAAGGGAGUGUUUUAGAUUCAAGGCUAGCAGACGAUCAACAGAUAGUACAUGAGGACGUUGUUUACGAUCGACAUGACCCCGUGCAAGAACGCUCGCUCGAGGCUAUACCUGUUGCAGACGAUAGUCUGUCGUCAAUUUCUAGCGCAGACGACAGUUUGACAGUCGACACACUGACCACAUGGGACGAAUAUAAAUGGGAGGAAGAGACGGGGGAGGAGGAACCGUGCGUAAUUAAAACUAGAAGGACUGUAAGAGACUUCGUUUCAAAUCCAAACAGGUCACUCAAUUUACAAGUUGAAAAUAAAAAUGAUUCUCCCGAGACACAGUCUCUUUCAUUUGGCGCCAGUCCGAUUGAUAACUCAGCAUUAAGUCCGUCUGUUCCAUUUUCACAAAGGUUUGCAAAUUUUGAAUAUAAGGACACGGGUGGGGAUAGUGGAUAUAUAGAUCUUUAUCCGGAUGUUGAAAGUGACGACGAUACGGAAUCUAGCGAUGAUGAGCACGUGUAUGAAAUCCAGGUUUCCGAUUCCGACUCGGAUUCUGAAGAGAGGGGUGGGGCUUUCUUUGGGGUAACGACUCUUGAUACUAUAAUGGAGGAAUAUGAAAGUGACGCGAGUGAACGCGGGGAGGAGGGUCUAAAGGUCACUGCACGUGGGGAGGGUGGUCAAGUAAGUGAAAAUCAUGAAAUUCCUGUUGAAGAUCAAGAUAAACGAUUGAAAUCUUGUGAUAAUGUCUGUGAUAUAUCAGAAGCGAAUAAACAUUCGAGUCAUACAGGUAACUCGAGCGCGAAAGACACAAACUUGAUAAUAUCUGAAACUUUACAAAAUGUUGCAAAUAAUGACCAUAAAACGGAUCAAAUUACCAAGGCAGGAAUGUUUCCAAACAAAAUUGAAAUAAAUGCAAUAUGUCAGCCUCUAUACAGUGAAACGCCACUGAAGCGCACUGAAGCAAGCGAUGUUGAAAGUAAUUUACCGCUUGAUAAAUCAGAAAGUAAAGAUGCGGCCGCGAAAGUAACACCUACUGAUACGGUACGUGACUUGCAUAUUAAUGAGGAGACGGUAGUUUAUAGCAAUAUGAUACAAUGUGAUGUCAAGUUAGGGUCAAAUGUGAAAAACGCAGACAAUGACAUAUCUGAAAUACAUGAAGAGAUUAGUCAGUCUAAAUUAAGUAGCCAAUUAUGUAAAAAGCCCGAAAUAAAGAAAGAAAAUCUUGAUUUGAAAUUAGCAGACGACGAUUAUAAAAUUUCUGAGAUUUCAGACGACAGUUUACCGUCAUCCCCUGUUCGUACAUGCGCAUUGGACAAUUUAACAGAAGAACCAUUCUCAGACACUGAAUCUUGCAGUAGUGAAUCGGUGAUAACGGUGUUAAGCGUGAAAUCAAAUGACAGUGACAGUUACGCCGAUCGAAAUAAUAAUGCAAGUAAUUCCAAAAGUAACUUACCGGUCAUCAAUGUUGACCCAGCCUCGGGCACAAACUUGUCAUCGGUUGUUAGUGAUCAAAGCACUGAAGGACUUGGGAAGUAUGAAACAUAUUCUCUCGUUAGCGGUUUUCUGAACGACAGUUUGAACAGUUUAUUAAGCGCCAAUACCGGAAGUGUUGAAAAUGAGAGUGAUGCAGAUAGCAGUUCUGGGAAGGAAAUUCUAGAACAAGAACAUGAAAAUCAGUCUGAAAGUAUAAACAUGAACGGCAAAGUGACUAGUGAUGACUCGUGCAUAUCGUCAGCUGAAUCGUUACCCGUGGUUGAUGAAAUUACCCAAAACAAUGCACAAAUUUCCGAAAAUGGCCAUAUUGAUUCAACGGACUCUUUGAACACAGCGCAUGAUCAAAAUAUUAAUGAACAUCUCUCUGAACAAAGUGAUAUAGUAAGUCAUCGGUACGAUUCCGACAAUUCGUCCGACAGCUCGGACCCCCCGCUGCGCGAAUAUGACCCGGACGAUGACGAUCUGGCAGCAUUCCAAUUCAAUCUUGAUAGUGAUGAUGAUUCAUUCUUUUUAGUCAUCGCUGAUGAUGAAAAUGAUGAUGAUGAUGACGAAGGCAAACUUAGGAAUUUCAAAACAUUCACGAACUUGAACUCUGUCGGAUUAUCUCCAGAAUAUGGCGACGCUGUUAUCUCCCAUACUUUACCAGACGACGCCAGGGGAUUUAAAUUUUCGCACACAGAAGAUGUUAGCACUCAGUUUAAAAAACGUUCAUACUUUACGGAUAGGGGCAGUCUGUCUGAUUCAGACAUGCGCAGUGACGGGCCUCUUUCUCCGAUAACGUCUGAGGACGAAGAAUAUAGAUCUGAAGAAAGUUCCGAAAAGCCAAUAUCAGAGUCAGUUAAUCAAGAUCAUUUUGCAUCGCCAUCAACACUACCAAAUCUUUCUAGUUACGCAGACGCGGAAAUAUCGACCUCAAAAUCUGGCCCUGAAAAUGAAAGUGAAAGUAAUCAAACAAGCUCUGCCGCGGAAAUAGACUUUAAGAAAUACAUAAUUCACUCCGAACUAAGUCCAAUAUCGGAGCAUGUACCAUUUCCGGAAGAAGAAACUCCCGUAUUGAAUAAAGAAUUAAAUGAGAUCGAUAAAGAUUAUUUGUUACAAGAUCUUGAUCAGAAAUUUGUAAUCGAUAACUCUGGUGAUAAAACGGGUACCUUAAGUGUGAAAGAAAUGAAUAAUUUACAGCAUCCCGAUGGUCCAGUUGAAACUCUCAGUAGUCUGACUGAACAAAUAGAACGCUUGACACAAAAUAGUGCAGAUAAUGUGGAAAUUAGUGACAGUAGUACUGCAAAAAGCGAAAAUGAUAAAAAUAAAAUUCCAGAUGAUAUUGGAUUAAAAGAAUAUCUACAAGUUGACAGUACUGAUAAAGAAUGUGCUGGUGAUAAUAAAGGAACAGUAACUAGCAAAGUCUGGGAUAAACAGCAUCUGCAUCCAAGAGAAACUUUAAUAGAUGAUGUUUUGAACACAAUCUCUCCACCGGAAGUAGAUGAAAGUGGCAUAGUAAAUGAUGCGAAUGAAGGCAAAAGAAAACAUGUAGAAACAAACAUUGAUGAUAUAUCAGAAAGUGAUUCUGAAAAUGGUUUAAAAAGUAGGUCUCAUUCGAAGAUUGAAACAAAUAUAGAUGAUGUUUUGAAUGAAUCAAGUGGUAGUGAAAAAGAAAUUAAAAGACAAACACGAAAGUCAAAUCGGACAAAUGUUACACCGUCUAAGUCUCAAAUAGAAACGAAUAUCGACGAUAUAUUUGACGAAAAGUUCACAGUUGCAUCACAUAUUCCAGUUCACUCUACGCCAUUGAAAACAGAGUGGAGGCCGAAACAAGAAACUAACAUUGAUGAUAUCUUUGAUGAUGAACAUCAUGAAAAUCACAUAUCUAGUGAAGUGAAUGUCAGACAGAAAACAAAACUUGAAACUUCCGUAGAUGACUUAUUAAAUGAUUUAAAUUCAGUCAGUAUAAAAGAAAAUGCGCCAUUAAAAGACAAAAAAGACAAAGAAAGUUCAGAGGAAGGUGAUGCUAUUCAAGAAAAUAAGAGUUUAUCUUAUGAAACUUUUGUAGACGAUUUGUUAGACAACGCUUUGCCGCAGGAUUCUAGUCAAAAACAUGCACAUGUGCAUACUGCCGGAAGUGUACUUACCUCAGAAAGUGCAAUAUUUGUAGAGAAAUCUAGAGAACCGCAGUUGUCUACAAGGCAUCCCGGAGGUGUUCAACCGGAAAAUACCUCAGUUGAAUUAAAGUCUGAACAAAAUAAUAGACUGGCAUUUAAAACUAAGGAUACUAUUAAGAAAACUAAUGAUCCGAGACAAACGGACAUUGUACAUGUUGAAAAGAUUGUGAAUGCUGAUAAAAAUGUUGAUAAUUAUUUAGAUAAGAUUGAAAAAGAUACAAAAGAAUAUAAGGACAAAACAACACCGCCUCGGCAUGAAAUCGGGACCAAUUAUCGAAAAAUCAAUGAAGAACCUGAAAAAUCCAAUAGUUAUGAUCAAAAUCACACAGAUUUUGUAGAUAACGAGGUUUCAUGUAGCGCAAAUUUAGAGAGUAAUGGUAGACAAAAGCGUGAAAAUCGUAACAAUGUUACAGAAAGUGUAGAAUCAAUUUUGCCACCGAAGAACUUUGAAAUAGACAAUAGGGAACCAUUACAAAACAAUUUAAAUACUAGUCAAUUAGAUUUUAAAGGUCACAAUGUUAACAUUUCGGUGCCAAAAGCUGAAACUUUGAAUAAUGUCAAACAGAAUACGCAAGUUGGACAUUCUCCAGCGAUAGAUAAUAGAUAUAAUUACAAACACAGUGACAUUUCAUUAGCAGCAGAGCCUAGUAGCACAAGCUCGCAGAACAGUUUAGAAAAUAUUUCAAAAACUGGAGUACAAAUUGACGAGAGUUUAUUAAAAAGCGAAGAAGAGCGUGAUAUCAAUGAUGUGGAAUUGAAGAUUAUUGAAAACAAUGAUAAUGUGAAACCUAAAUCGGAUGAUUAUCUAGAUGAAAAUCUCGAUUCCAUUGGAUCAUGUUUAGUCGUGUCUGAUGAUGAAUCUUUGAACAGUUUAGAAGAAAGUUUUCAUAGUUUACAAGACAGUUACAAUGCUACACGGCUAAGAGGACUAAGUGAUUCUGAAGUGACGUCACGUGUUGUUCGCACGCCGGUGACGAAACCGUCGGAUUUCCUCCAGAAAUCAAAAGAACUGAAAGGCGUGAAAAAGAAAGUUUAUCAACACAAUCUAAAGAAAUACACUUCGGUUCUGCAGCAGCCAGUUACACCUGAGAGAGUGAAUAUCACGUUUGAAUCUUCGCACAGGCUACCGUCUGUUUCGAGACUGAAAGUUAUAAAGUCGCGGGAAAAAUUCUUGAGCGCUGAAAAUUUAUCACAAGGAAGUUAUGAGGAUAAGUUCCUGCAACACAGAACAUCUUUAGCAUUAACCCCAAGAAAAUAUUUGAAACGUCACGAGAUCCAUCAACAGUCUACGGAAAGCUUGCCGUCUGACAUGGCGGCGUGGAACACGAGCUACGGAAGUAACACAAGCAUGGAUAAAUUCCAUUCACUCCCGUCCCCGCGCCAUAUUGAAGAGUUGUACGGUUCGCGAUAUAGCAGUGCAAACUCGUCGUACGAAAAAGCCGAUUACGAUAAACUGCAUGCAAACUGUAUGUUUUCACCGGGCAAACGCGAAGAAAUUCGUCAUACUAAAGAAUCGCUCGAAAAUAUGUUUGAACAGCUACUAAGGUACGGAUCAGUAUCGUCUCUCGCAACUGAAACAGAUCUUGACGCUGACGUCAAUAAUGACGUCGACGCACACGGACAGUCCUUACAUGAUACCUAUUAUAUUUCGUUUCAGUAUCCUCUGGAAAGGGCUGCAAGCAUGAGUGCGAUCGCAGGACCAAGUGAAAGUCACCGGUUGCCUAGGAAACCUGGAAAAGGACGGUUUGCACAUAGGAAGGUUCCUAAAUCUAAGAGUUUACAAACUUUAGAAACUAAUUUAGAUGACGUGUUUGCUGAUGUCUCAGAUCAGCCCGGGCAACUUUCUAGAACACCCUCAGAACACGAACUCCGAGUUUCUAAAUCACUUUCGAAAUUAAAUGUACCAGACUGGUUUAGAAAAUCGUCAUUUUCGCGUAGUGGUAGUACUCAAAGUUUGUUUACGUAUGCUAGGGCUGGUUCAACGUCCACUUUAGGAUCGUCUGCAUACCCUCCCUCUUUGACCACCUCCCCUUCGCCGUCCGUUACUCCUAAUUCAAAUACAGUCAUUAUCCAAAAGCGCGUUACCCCAACGAGUACCGUAUCACCAUCUGCUCGAUUGCUCCGUGCGCCAAUGUUGCCGACCACACCCGAGAAAUCUCCAAUUCAUAACACCCCUCAGUUAUUACCCAGUGAUAAAUUCAGAAAACAAGAUAAGAAAGACAAUCUUAAACCUAUUGCAAUUGUACCAUUUGCAAAACUACGUGAAAUGUUUGAAAAGAAGGCACAACAUGACGCAAAAAGUAAAUCUCCCGUCACAAGCCCGACAAAGGAGAAGCCCCAAUCAAAAGUGAGAUUUGAACCCGCGUCACCUACACAAGAAACUGUAAUAAACGAUAGUUUAAGUGAUCACAAACCUGUUCAGAAUAAUAGGACUACGUCCCCACCCCCGCCAGUUCCAGAACGCAAACCUAUAUUAACCGAUCAUAGUGUAAAACAUAGUGAUACUAGUGCGCAAGCGCCGAGACGGACUCAAGUGCAUUUCUCGGAUGAAAAUCAUGUGAGUAGAUCCCAAGAGCAAAAUACAAACUCUUUACGCCAGAAUGGCACUGCUUCGAACGCAAGUUCGAGCACAAGUUCUCGUACCGUUAAAAAGCCUCAGAGCCUUAGAGCCUCCCUGCCUCUGCCUCAGUUUAGGUUUAGACGACCUGGCCGAUUUGCCAGUCAGUCUGCGGCAGCAAGUCAGUCGAGUUCUCAGAGUAAAAAAGGUAAGAAUAUCGUGAACAAUGAUGACAUUGAGGUAAAUGGUGAACUUCCGGUAAAUUUUCCGCCAUGGUUGCAUGCUCUUGAACUUAAAACAAAAAAUGAUGGUGAAACUUUGUUUGAAUUUUUACAGAAACGACGGUAUAGCAGUAUUUUAGAGAAUGGUUUUGCAGAACAGCUGGACGAGUUGCAAGAUAAGACCUUCAACUUCCCCGUUAUGGCCUUGGGCAGACAUUCCAACCAAAAUGGUGAUUUAGCGCUAGAUGGGUCACCUGAUCUACAUGUCAUUCUUACAAACGCUCAUGCUAACAAUGUAUCGAAUGGUUAUCUAGAAAACAAGCUUCGCAGUGACGCGUCCGUUGAUGAAAUUCUAGACGGGUUGCUUCUUUUGGACGGCCACCGAACUGGCAGAAUGAGACUCGACGAAAAUGGCCGAAUUGUUCCGAGAACUCCCGAUGAUUGGAUUCUUUCCCCAGAUACUCCACCUGGACUUUCCCUCAAACUUGGUGCGCACGAGUAUGACCCAAGUAUUUGUAGUGACGGAAACGUGUAUAGUGAUGAAAGUGGUACAGAUUAUAAUCUAGUGAAAUGUGAAUACCCGGCAUGUAAACGUGAAACGAAUCUUAGGGAAGCAAAACAGUUUUUCAAAACGUGUCAUAGCUGUUUUACAUAUUACUGUAGCCGGAACUGCCGAAAACUGCAUUGGGAAUUACACAAACAAGUGUGUGUAUAUAGCCGGAUUAACAGUGCAUGCAAACACGUGAUUAAAUACAUUAAUAGGCAUCCCCAUCUUCAGUACCAGUGUUCAAGGAUAGCACGCCGCGGCUAUCUGUCACAAGGCCGCGGUUGUGUCGUGUUCGCAUUUCCGGAUAUAAGUUCUUCGGAAGACUUUCUGAUUUAUGGUAUGGACAGUUUAUGGGUGCCACCAGUCUACAUUGCUUUGAAAGAACUUCCCCACGCGACCAUGUUGGGUUCGAAACUUGGAAUACUUUCUGAAACAUGCAAACUAUACAAUCCGGAACUCAAAUAUGUGAUACAUGUUGCCAUUGUGAUACCACCUAAGUUACCUGCGAAACCCGUGCCUCGUAGAAUGGAGUCUAUUAUUCAGAAAUGUGCCAAAUUAAGAUUGAGCCCGGCUCACAUGCAUCCGAAACAGGAAGACAGUGAUAUUCCAUCUACUCUUAUCUUAACUGCUGUGCCUGGAAACCAGCACGCGGACGAAGCAGACGAUAGAAAAACGCGGGAACUUUGCUUUGUGAACAUUCAACGUAAGUUACGUAAUCGCGGAGUGAGUUUGCGCCAUCAAUUUCCGGAAAUAUACAACAAACUCAUUGACUUUGUUUCAGAUGCCAAACAUUUCAGUCCUAUGAUUAUUUAUCCGACAGAUAAUCGAACCGGAAAGAGAUUUAUGUGCGUGAUCAUGCCGGAAGCGGAACCGGAAAUAGAAUGGAUAAGAGACCCGGAUUUGUUUCACGAACUGGACGUAUUUGAUGACGAAGGUCCCGAUAUGAGUACACCAAACACAUCAAUUCUUCAACAGCCAGAAAUUAUGUUAUAGAAUGGAUAUUAUCCCGAGUUUGAAUAUACUGUAGCGAAUGCACUUCAUUUCUUUUUGUUAGGAAAUUGCAUAACUUAAAGUAAUAUGAUACAUUUUUUAGUUAAAUAGGCAUCUCAUAUAGUCAAAGUUUUUUAGUUAAAUAGGCAAAUUCCAUUUUACAUCUCAAAUAAUCAAAACGAAAACAUCUAUUGAAACAGAAAAAAAUUUACAUCAAAUCUUUAUAAUCAAUUAGAAAAAAAAUAAUUUGAUUUCAAAAUUAUUUUAUUGUAAUAUUUUUUCGCCAUAAUAUUUUUUGGGGCAUGGAAAUUGGACUUCCUUUGUUGUGCGGCUCUUUAGGUUAGGGAAUAUGAAGUUGAAGAUGCAGGUAAAAACAUUUAAAAAUUAUAAGCCACCAGCACGGGAUACUUAAGUAGGGAUCAUUUUCUAUUUUACUUUCUACUUUCCACAACUGAUAUUAGCUAUUGAUAGCUUUUUGUUAUUUUGUGUACAUAAAAUGACACAUUUUAUAUCAAUAAUAGUUAAGGUUUUGAAAGUAGGAAUGAAAUAUCACGCAAUUAGUGUACGGAGUUUGUAGGUAAGCGUCUUGUUAUUUCUUUGUGUGUGUUUAUCCCUUGUUUGUCUUGCCUAAAUGCGGCAAUGUAUGUGUAAUCUCGAAUUUUUAUCACCUUACGUAAUGAAGUCUGUUUUUGCACCUCAUAAAAUAACAUUGUUUUUAAGUUUAGAUCUAAGAUAUCAUUUUUUUGCCAUUUUUUCUGCAAUAGUUCAACUGCAUAAAUUCAUGCGCUUACCAUUGUAUUUGAGCCGCAUCAUGAGAAAACUAACACAGUGCAUUUGCGACCAGCAUGGAUCCAGACCAGCCUGCGCAUUCUGCUCAUGAUCCAUACUGUUCUCUUUUAAACUCUACUGCAAUUAGAGAAACCACAAGCGAACAGUAUGGACCCUGACCAGACUGAGCGGAUGCGCAGGCUGGUCUGGAUCUAUGCUGGUCGCAAAUGCACUAUAUUGGUUUUCUCAUGGUGCGGCUCAUUUUAAGACUACAUGAAACAUAUUCGAGAUCAUUUUAGCUAGGCAAUGCUCAGUGAAAAUAUAGAAGUGCGUAAUAUUGUGUUUGAACAAAUGAAGAAGGUGAAAUGUGUCCAUUUUUAUUCUACAUAAAUCAUUUUUCCAUAACCGUUUUUAGAUAGACAAAAUUGUAUUUAUAUAAAAGUGUAAGUGUGGUAAAGUUUGUAAGUCUGUGGUAGUAACUUAAAAUACUUUAUUUAUUUUGCUCUUCAUUGGAUGGAAUAAGUGCUGUACAGUUGUCAAAAAUCGUCUAUGUUAGGCGUUGUAUUUGAAUUUUAAACAUUUCUGCUCUCCACAGCAUAUUUUUCAUGGACACUUUUAGGCAGGAGUUUUUUUUUUUUUGAUAAAUAUGGAAGUGAAGUGUCAUUUCUCGAAAGAAAAUUUAUGUAACUGUUGAUGUUCAAACUGGCAGCAAAUCUUUUAAUCCCGUUCAAAAUCAAAGAUCUGUUUUAUUGUAAGGAGCUUGAACACCUACAAAGAAAAAAAACUGCAGUUGAAAUAUUUUUUCCUGAUAAAUUUUUAUAAAAACAUGUACAUAUUUUUUAGAAGUAUUUUCAAUUGAUCGACAUUUAUAUGUUUUAUAAAACAGAAAUUUUAUCAUAUGAGAUUUUUCAGAAAUCUACUUUUUUAAAGCAACAAUUUGGGGUUAUUUUUUGGGAUCAUUUUAAAUCUUGCGUGCAUGGUGUGUAUUCCAAAGAUCUCUUCGCAUCUUUCAUAAAUUGUCAAUGUGACUUAAGAGGUAUAACAGACAGUUGUCAAAUUUCAAAGAUUUUUUGUUAAGUAAAACAGCUGCCUUAAGAUAGCUUUUUUUUCAGGAAAUGUUACAAAUGUUGAUUUUGGCAACUUUCAUUAUGAUACUUUUAUCACAAAUGUAAACAUAAUUGCCUCCAAGGUAUUUUUUGUAGGUUAAAAUAUAACUUUUGAACUACAUAAGGUUGUUAUGGUUGUGAAUAACUGAUCAGGAAUGUGUUUUGUAUUUUACUUUAAAUGUGGUACUUUUUUCAAAUGGUUGUUUUGUCAUGUUUUUUUGUUGUUGUUGAAAAGAACACGUUUUUUUUGUCGAAUUUACAAUAACUUAUAUUGUGUCUUCGGAAAGGUCAUUUAGGUUUACCGUGAUGAGGAAAUAGGUUAAAGACUGACACGUUUAAAAAUCCUGAUUCGAGUUUUAUUUAAAGACCCUGGUCAAUAUAAAUAUGUUCUACUGUGUAAGUAUAUGCAUUCUUUGCAGUUACAAAUUGUCGGUGACAUUUAUGAUGCUCAGCCAUAGUUAGUGACAUUUAGGAGGCCCAACAGAAUGCCAUUGACAUUUAAGGGGCCCAGCAACUUGUCAUUGACGUUUAUGAGGCCCAAACACAAAGUAAAAUAACAUACCAUACAAGAUCAUAAUUUUAUAACGACAAAUGGUGGUGAAACUUUCAGAAGAAUGAUUUUCAUGAAAUUCACAUUUUGGAAAAGCAGGUCACCAUGGGUCUUUAAACGUUUGUGAAGUUGAUUAAAAAUAGAUCUCUUAUUCCACCAUAAGAUAGGAAGCAUACAAUUCACAUUGAUCUUUCAUAUUCAUCUCAGUUUUAUACAGCGUGUUAUUUUGUAACUGUCCAUCCGCACGUCCUAUGCUUCGUGUGCAUAUUUCUACAAAAAUAUUUCAAAAUGUGUUCAGUUUCCAAACGUCUUCCCCCCCCCCCCCCCCCCCCCCCCCCCCCCCAAAUUUUGACACUCCAGUUCCCAUUGAUAAUUUUUGUUUCAGUGACGUUUUGUUUGAACAUAGUUUAUGUGAUCUUGACAAAAGAAUUUGAGAUUUGAGACUAGUCUCAAAGCUCCACCAGCUGAUUGGUUAUUUCUGAGACCAGUCUUGAAAAUUGACCAAUGGCAAGGCUGCGCUCUUAGACUGGUUUACAAACUUAGUUUUAUAACUCUGGUGCCCAGUAAAACAGUUGAGUGAAAGAUGAAUGCUUGACUUUUUCUAUAUUACUGUCAACAUGAACAAUUUUGUUUAUGUAUAAAGUUCUAAUGUUUUAUUUAGUGAUUUGUAGACUGUACUUUUGAUGUAAUCCACACUUGUGUAUUGAUUUAUUAGUUGCCAUGCAGAAAAUGAAUGGAUGACAAGUUUCUGUCAAUGAGUUUAGUCAUAAAUUAUUCAAAUGGAUUUAUUCGAUAUAGUUCAAUGACAAUGAAUGAAUUAAGGUAGUGGACUCGAAUUGAGAAUCGACAAUUUCCGUGCGGUUACGUAUCUUCCGUAAUCGAUUUCGGCAUCCUUCGGACAUAACAGAAAUAACCGGAGAAUGCCGAAGUCGCAUACGGAGAAAUACGUAAAUGAACGGAAAUUGCCGAUUGUCGUUACUGUUUGCAAAGAUUGCAGCUUUUAUAUGUCCAGAUAGGUUAAUUGAUGUAACAUUUUAAGUGUACAAAAUUCAAGUUAAAAAAGAUUUUGAGUUGAAAUAUUUUGAACCCAAAAGUCAGUCAACUUCGGGAUGAACAUUUUUUGGCUAAGAUAGUCUCAGUUCAGGUGUUAAAACAAGCAGUUAUGUAUUCAUUUUUUGGGCACGCUGAAUUAUUUUUUCGGUGGAUUUAGGGACGACAAGGUUUGAUCUGAUAGUACUGAAACUCUUGUUCUCUUGUUCACUUAUUUUGUAGGUUGUAUGCAAAUUGAUUUUAAUGUUGAUGAUUAACUAUGUAUAGCAUUAAAAUUGUCGAACAUAUCCACAUUUGAAAUGCACAGCUUAGCCGCCUGCUGUUUAAAUUACAUGUAUAAUGCUACAAGGAUAAAAAAAAAUAUCCACGAAAAUGUUCAGCAUGUUUGUAUCAAUUAUAUCAAGCGCUAACGCUAUCGCAUGCCAGUUUAAUUAUCAUUAUAUGCUAUAUUACAAAAUGAAUGAAUGAAUCUUAUACAAAAGGAGAAAAAAUCUUAAACAAAUUUUGCCCAAACAUUUUCAACAUUUUUGUAUUUCUACAUUCAUAGUCCUGUACCACUAUACCGCAUACCAGUCUAACUAUUAUAAUACUACAUUAGUACAUUCGUGCGAUAAACUAAUUCAACAAGCAACGGCGCUUUUAAAAUUUCAAAAUUGCCCUGUCAAUCUAGCGUAAGAUGUUUAUCUUCGGUUUGGACCCAUGGUCUCAAGGUAAUUAUCUACGUUACAAGGAUUUGGCAACUUUUACACUAAAUUCCGAUCAUAUUGCCAAUUAUAUGACAUAAAUAACAACCGAUUGUUCAGUGAUAACAAUAAUAUGUUUAUUUUUGCUGCAUUGCACUAACAAAUUUUUCCCAUUCUUACACAGCCAGAAAAAGAAAUAGACAUUUUUUUUUUGUAAUUACUUUCGGCUUUCCGCAGAGUAUGGAAUCAGGGGUUGGUGGGCGGGGUUUCAAUUGUUCCAGAUCGAUGCGAAUGUAAGGAAUACACGAAAGGACAUGUUUGAAUUUAAACAGAUCGUCUGCUUAAUGCAAAAUGAAUGCAACAUGUAUCAGAUAGGAGACAGAUGCACUUUUUUUCAUACUCGGCUGACGAAAUGUCAAAAUUAAUUUAAUAGCUGUUUUUUGUUUGGCCUUCAGAUAUUUAGAUACAUUUACAUUAAUUAGGAAAAGACGUAAGAUGGGUUUUAUUUUUAGGACACUGGUUGACCUUAUAAAUAUACGUGAGAGACAAUUUUGAUUUAUGUUUGUGAUUUUAAGGUUCAAACAAAUGUAUUAUUGUUUUUUGUACUCGAAAUCUGAACCGUAACGCACGAAAUCGAUCCUCAAAUUACAUCAAAAUGCGACAUCUAUACGAAAACAAUGAUUUUGCAUUUUUGAUGUUUUGUGGGUUUUUCUUUUUGUUACAGGUAUAUUAUAUAGUUCGUAAUUAAAUUAAAUAUGCAGGAAAAUGUCUAUUUGGCGUUUUGACAAGAAAUUUAAUUUGUUGUUGCGCAAAACAAGCAAGCGUGUAUUUUCCAUAACAUAUGCGUUUACAUGCUAAAAAGCGAGUUUUACAUACAUAAACAACUUAUAGAAAAGGUAUGAAUUUCAAAUGCGUCCCAGAUUUUUUUCACUAAAUACAUGUACAUGUACUUUGUACUUGUUUCGUGACUUAAGGCAAAUUAGGAAUCAAGUUACUUCAGAAGAGGUCAGGGAAUUGAAGCCAAGUAUUACAUAUGUCAUGAUAUGGUUGGGUUGUUAUACUAUGUAUUUAUUGUUUUUUGCGUAAUUGUUAUGGCUUUUCACAACCACUAGAGAAAAAUGAGUGUCGUCACGGUAAAAGGUCCAUGUACUGAGGUAGUUCAAAAAGACGUGCGAAAAUAGUUAUGGUAUAUUUCAUACAAUGAAAAGUUAUUUCUUUGCACUAUAACAGAGAGAUGUGUAAAUUUUCUUGAACAGAAUACAUUUUAAUCUAUAUUAUAUUAAAAGAAUUAUCUGUUUAUUAAAAUAUUCAAGUUUCGAGAACAAAAGAUGUGGCGUUUUAGCGUGACGUUGCUCAUUAAUGUUUAAAUUUAUACUGUUUGUUUAAAGUUGGCUUGUACAGAUAAAAUUUAGUUGUUCGUUUCACGUAAAUUUAUUGCUGUACAUAAAUGAAACCUAUAUACAAAUUAUACCUAUUUAAUAUUUGAGCCACACCAUGAGAAAACCAACGUAGUGCGUUUGCGACCAGCAUGGAUCCAGAACCCACGCAGUCUGGUCAGGAUCCAUGCUGUUCGCUAACAGUUUCUCAAACUGUAAUAGGUUUUGAAAGCGAACAGCGGAGCUUGACCAGUCUGCGUGAAUUUGCAGGCUGGUCUGGAUCCAUGCUGGUCGCAAAUGCACCAUGUUGAUUUUCUCAUGGUGCAGCUCAUUUUGUGUUAUCCUAUAAUUAAGUAUGUUGUAUGUAUACUGAUGUUAUGAAUGUCACAACAAUAAAAUGCAUUUAGAGUACCAUUAAUUAACGUUUAAAAGGAAUUGAAGAAAAAUACAAUGCUAAACUCA